AUGGUUGCUGAAAACUCAGUAGUCCCUAUUGAUAAUCCCGCUCCGCCACGUUUAAUUCCAUCAACACGUUUUACAUUAGCAUUACUAGUCUUUUUUGCUUUUGUUGUUCAAUAUUCUCAACGUGUGAAUCUACCAAUAGGUAUUGUAUGCAUGGUUAAUCGUACAAAACCAAUUCAUCAUAAUACUUUGUUCCAUGUAACAACUGAAUUACCAAAUGAUAUCUCGAUAGAUUAUCUUAAUUCCUCAAUAACAACAAGUCCGACUAGUAUUAAUAAAGAAAAAGGAGGUUUUUUUAAUGAAAAACAAUUUCAUUGGCCUGAAUUACAACAACAACUUCUGCUAGGUGGAUAUUGGGCUGGUUAUAUAUUCACACAAAUACCAGGUGGAUGGUUAGCAACCAGUAUAGGUGCAAAAUGGGUUUACGCAGGUUCUCUAGGAACUAGUUCAUUAGCUACUCUAGCAAUAACAUGGAUGUAUAUGAUGUCCAGUACACAUUUUUUUUUGAUACUUAUGCUUCGAUUUAUAAUUGGUCUUGCACAUGGUGUACUUUUUCCAGCAACAAUUUCUCUUUGGUCGGUAUGGGCUGUUCCACAAGAACGAAGUACACUUGCCUCAAUUGGAUUUUGUGGAACACAUCUUGGAACAUCUUUAACAGUGCUUGUUGGUGGAGUAUUUUGUCGUUAUUUAUUUGCAGGAUGGAUGUAUCUAUUUUUUAUCACAAGUAUUCUUGGUUUUAUCUGGUUGGCAUUAUGGACUACGUUAACAGCAAAUGCACCACAUCAUCAUAAAAAAAUUAGUGAUCAUGAACGAGAUUAUAUAAGUAGUUUAACCGGUAGUACUGGUCAUAAACGUCCAAUGUCAUUAGCAUCAAUACCAUGGAAAAACAUAAUCAAGUCAAAACCAUUAGUUGCUUUAAUCUUAACACAGAAUGCGAAUUUGUUCGGUUUAUUUUUCUUUUUAACAAAUCUUGCUAAAGUUUUAAAUGAACUUUUAAAUAUUACACCAGCAAAUACUGGUUAUAUAUUAUCUUUUGGAUAUUUUUUAACAUUAUUAAGUAGUCUAUUAUCAGGUAUUGCAGUUGAUCAUGUCGUUCGAAAAAAUGUUGUAACAUUAACAACUGCAAGAAAAAUAUCGAAUUCUUUAACAUCAUUUAUACCUGUCUUCUGCAUGGUUUUACUUUAUUUUUCUGAUAAUUCAAGUCAUAGAGUAGGCGUUUUUGCUGUUCUGUUAUUUCUUGCUGCUUCUGGUCUCGGUUAUGGUAGUGGUUAUGUAGUCAAUUUUGCGGAUAUUGUUCCAGCUUAUUCCGGUGUUAUAUUUGGCCUUGCUAAUACAUUUGCAUCAUUAGCUGGUGUAAUUGGAAACUUAGUUGCAGGAAUAAUUGUUAAGAAACCAGUUUUAGAACAAUGGAGAAAAUUAUAUAUUAUCUUUGGUAUUGUUUAUUUCUUUGGUGGUCUUGUUUAUGUUUUAUAUGGUUCGGCUGUACCAAGAAAAUGGGCGAAAUUUCAAACUGUGAACAAUGAUGCUAAACUAGAGAAAAAAACAAACGACGAAAUAGCAAUGCCAAUGGACGAAAAAGUUUAA